AUGGGUUUCACUCAAAUCAAUGACCUGAUCAAUAAUAAACCAAGUGCCCAGACCACUCCUCUCUUUCUUCAACAGCUCCCCUUUGGCUUCCACGGCCACGAAAUGAACAAAACGCAGCGUUUCAAACGAGUGGCGAAACACAAGCGACCGAUUUCGACGAGCGAAGCCGAGGACGACGUCGUCGACCAUGAAACCCGGCCGAGUCACCGCUCCAAAACACUGAGUUUUCGGGUCAAACCCAAACCCAAAUCGAACUCGUUUCCAAUCCCAGACCUCUCAUUUGACAGAAUGACAAUCCUGUCUCCCGAGUUCUGUCUGAUCGACGCUCUCGAUCUCGCGCCGCGUCUGCUCGGCAAGCAUCUUAGGAGGGACGACGUUGUUCUUCGGAUUACCGAGGUCGAAGCUUACAGACCAAACGAUUCGGCAUGUCACGGUCGAUUUGGAAUUACAGCGAGAACAGCCCCAGUUUUUGGAAGAGGAGGGCAUGCAUAUGUGUAUCUGUGCUAUGGUCUCCAUACAAUGCUGAAUGUUGUGGCUGACAAGGAAGGAGUUGGGGCUGCUGUCUUAAUACGAUCUUGUGCUCCCAUAAGUGGAUUGGACACCAUUCAGCACCGUCGAGGUCAGAAAACUGACAAGCCUGUUCUUCUUACUGGACCUGGAAAGAUUGGUCAAGCUCUGGGUCUGUCAACAGAAUGGUCUAACCAUUGCCUCUAUGCUCCUGGUGGUUUAGAACUCUUGGAUGGUCCAGAGCCUGAAAAGAUACUGAUAGGUCCACGUGUUGGUAUUGAAUAUGCUUUGCCUGAGCAUGUCAAUGCUUUAUGGAGAUUUGCCAUUGCGGAUACCCCUUGGAUAAGUUCUCCCAAAAACACCCUGAGGUCGCCCCGAUCUAAUUGUCCAUCACUGCAACUCCAAAAUGGAGUGGGAAAGAAACCUCAUCUCAUGAGAAUGUAAAAUAUGAAAAUAUGUAAUAUUUAAAGAAAAGAAAGAUGUAGCUAUACCCCUUUUUUGUUCUGGAUUGGGUAUACAUAUUUGUUUUAGAGAAUAACUUCUAGAAGGACUUGGCACAAAUCAAGUACUUCAUGCCUUUCAUUGAGAGGAUAAUACAUUAGCAUAGAACAACAAAAGUAAAUAUUGUGAAAACACUCCAUCCCUUAUCUACAAAAUUCAAAAAAACCAUGAAAUAAAUAAGAAAUCAAAAUAGAAAGACAAAGAUUUGGUGUCCCAAUUUUGUUAUUUCAAGCUGAUGUGUCAUCCUCUUAAUGGAUGGCACAAAAGACUUGAUUUGUACCAAGUUCUUAUAAAAUUUAUUUUUGAUAUGAGAUUCAAUUUAUUGUGGAUAAACGAUUUCUGCGAUUAAAGAAUCUUUUAUAAUUUGUUUUAAAUUUUUUUGAAAGAAGUAGGUGCCGAUAUCCUAGGUUGUUUUUAUCUUUGCUCUUGUUAGCUAAGAGACUUCUAAACCAAUCAUGAUAACACAAUAAAAGCCCUAGUGUUUCUUGAG